AUACAUAAUAAUAACAAUUUAACAAUAAUAAUUAUUUUCGCUUGGCUGUUACAACCACACAAAAUCCAAUUUAUCAACGCUAUAAAUUGUCUCUUAAUACUUAAUUAUUUCAAGUAUAAUCAAAUUAAAAUCAAAGAAAAUGGCUGUUGACAUAUCACCUGCAAAAGAUGGUGGAGUUAUGAAAGAAAUCCUGAAAGAAGGAGAAGGUGAUGAAACUCCAAAAGCAGGAUGUAAAGUUCAUGUACAUUAUACUGGUACAUUACUUGAUGGAACAAAAUUUGAUUCAAGUAGAGAUCGUAACAAGGCAUUUUGUUUUAAUUUGGGAAAGGGUGAAGUUAUUAAAGCAUGGGACAUUGGUGUUGCAUCAAUGAAAAAAGGUGAAAUUGCAAUGUUAACAUGUGCAUCAGAAUAUGCAUAUGGUAAAAGAGGAUCACCACCAAAAAUACCAGCAGAUGCAACACUUAAAUUUGAAGUUGAAGUUAUUGGAUGGAAUUUUGAAGAUAUUAGUCCACAACAAGAUGGUAGUAUAAUGAAAUAUGAGCUAGUUGCUGGUGAUGAUGAUACAACAAGUCCAUCAGACACAUCACUUGUUAAUGUUCAUUUAAUUGGUAAAUAUAAUGAUAAAAUAUUUGAAGAACGAGAUGUCCAAUUUAAUUUGGGUGAAGGUGAAGCACACGGUGUUAUUGAAAGUGUUGAAAAAUCAUUGAAAAAAUUUCAUCAAGGUGAAAAAUCAUUAUUGAAAAUUAAAAGUAAAUAUGCAUUUGGAAAAAAUGGUAAUGCUGAAUUUAAUAUACCAGCUGAUGCUGAUAUUGAGUAUAUUGUUGAAUUAAAAAAUUUUGAAAAAGGCAUUGCUGCAUGGUCACUUGAACCAGCUGAAAAAAUUGAACAAGCUAAAAUAUUUAAAGAUAAAUCAACAAAUUAUUUUAAAGCUGGUAAACUACGUCUUGCUAUUAAAAUGUGUAAAAAAAUAAUUGAAUUUAUUGAAUCUGGUGAUUGGGAGGAUGACAUUAAAACUGAACGUGAUAAUGUAUUAUUAUCUGGUUAUUUAAAUCUUGCAUUGUAUUAUUUAAAAGCAACAAAAUAUCUUGAAGCUAAACAAAAUUGUGAUAAAGCAUUAGAAAUUAAUUCAAAUAAUGAAAAAGCACUAUUCAGACGUGGUCUUGCACAAUUAGAAUUGGCAUCACCAGAAGAAGCUAUUAAAGAUUUUAAUAAAGUUUUACAAAUUGAACCCAAAAAUGGUGCUGCUGUUAAACAAAUUGCCAUAUGUAAUAAUCUCAUCAAACAAAAUUUGGCUAAAGAAAAAAAACUUUAUGCAAAUAUGUUUGAAAAAUUUGCUCAACGUGAUAAACAGUAAUGUCAUAGAGGGAAGAAGAGAUACUUCGUCAACAGCCUGAUGUCAUGAAGGGAACACUCGGUGAAUGGGGACAAGAAGAAAGACCAGGUGGACGUGAUGCAACUGCAUUUGAAAAAGAAAAUCCAAAUAUUCUCAUGCUCAAUGCCAAUGGAACUGGUGAAUUUAAAAACAUGUAAUUUAAUUACUGUUUAUUAAAUUUAAUUAAUAGUCAACAAAAUUCAUUUUUUUUUCUACUUUCAAUAUAUAAAAUUAAACAAUCAUUAUGUUAAUUUUUCAUUCAAUAUAAAAUAAUGUGGCAUAUAAUAAAAAUACAUUCUUCACAAUACAAA